AUGAGCCCUCCGAACCCCACGCAGCUGCUCCCCCUGCGCCCCAGCAACCCCUCCACCCCCCUUCCCCGCCGCCACCGCCCGCCCGCGCCCGCGGCCGCCAACACCACCGGCGCGGCCUCCCCGCAGGACUGGUUCCGCCCGCGCCGCCCGGCCGACUCCGACCCCUCCACCUCGGCCGGGCGCGUCGCGGCGCGCGACCCGGGCGUGCGCGCCAAGGCCAAGGACGGCGCCGACGAGCGCAAGGGGAGGUGGUGGGAGCGCUGGUCCAGGGACAGGGAGAGCUACCUCGUGGACGGCGUCGACGCGCUCCCCAUACCCCUCACCGUCCCGGGCACCGACCCCAUGUCGCGGGAGGAGCUCGACCGCCGCCUCACCUGCGACGUCAUGGUCGAUGAGUGCAAAACUGUUUCGUACGAGUGGACGGGCAAGUGCCGGAGCUGCCAGGGCUCGGGGCUCGUCACCUACUUCAGGAAGAAGGGCAAGGACACCAUCUGCACCUGUGUGCCCUGCGCUGGAAUUGGCUACGUUCGGAAAAUUACAUAUCGGGAGGGGGCCGAAAAUAUGGAUGAGUUAGACAAUGGGAGACCACCAUAAUUUAAUGUCGCUGUCUGUUUGGCAGCGGUAAUUUUGUUAACUGGUGCUGAAUAGAUUGUGUUUACAACCUUUGAUGGUUGAACAUGAGAUUCUCUUCACUACAGUCUCUAUUUCAGACACGGUAUAGGGCAGGAUGCCAUUCUUUAAGCAUUGUAAACUUAUCUUCGUAGUUAUAUUGUACGUUUUUGUUUUUCACUUACAGAUGUAUGAUCACAGUUCACAAAGAAGGAAAG